CGUGGUUUCGAGCCGCCGGCUCGGCCAAGCGUCCGCCCGAGCGAUGUCCAGCGGUGUGGUACCGACAGCGACACUUGGCGUGCUGAAGCAGAGAUCUGCCGCGGCAGUUCGCAAGCUCCAGAUUCGACGCUGCUUGGGCAACGGGCAUGCACGGGCGGACGGUGGCCCGAUGCCUCGGCCUUGUGCGCACAGCUUCGCACCGAGGGCCGUAUCUGCGUUGCGAGCUCGCCACAGCCUGAGCUUCCCAUAAGAGCCAGCGACACCUUACGCUUGCCUCACUCGCGACAUCCACGGCCAUCUCUGAUCAUGACACAGUCCCCAGCCCCCGCGCCCGUCGCAGUCGACGUGCCCGCCGCCAACGGCAGCGGCAGCGCUGGGCAAAGCGAGCCCUCUUCGCCCGCCAAGAAGCUCUUCGCCUCCGUGGCCUCUCUGCAUCUCCCUGGCGGUCGUCGCCGCACGCACGCCGGCGCCGCCGACGGCACGGCCACGCCGACGCACGAGCAUGCGCAGACGCCGGCGCUCGAGAGCAGCAACCCGUUCGACCGGCGCGACGUGCCCGACGAGGCGCGCACGCAGGCCAUCGUGGGCGCAACGGGCGCCGAGGUCAAGGCAGAGGGGUGCAAGGUGAUGCUGGCACUCGAUGGCACCGAGGCGGGAGACAAGGCGCUGAAGUGGUUGCUCGAGACGAAGGUGGUGGCCAAGGGAGCGCAUGUGUUCAUCGCCUCCGUCCUGCCUGCAAACGUGCUCAGCGGACCCUGGGUCUCGGGUCCUCUCUCCAUCGACGCACGCCAGCAGAACGUCAUGCUCAAGGCGCUGCGUGAAGAGGCCGUGGAGAAGCUGCAGCCGUACAAGGCGCAGCUGCGCGCCGCGGGCUACGCCACGACGACGCACGUGCUGCACGGCGACCCGCGGCAGAGCCUCGUGCGCGUGGCGCAGUACCACGAGGUGGAUCUGGUCGUCUGUGGAAAGCGCACUCGCAAGGGUCUUCACGGUCUCGGCGCAGGCGUGGGUGCCACCUCGACGCAUCUGACGCAGCAUGCGCCUUGCCCCGUGCUCACCAUCAAAUGAGAUCGGCACCUCGCCCCACCCUUCACCCUCGGGCCGCUAGAUGUCCGUGAAGCGGUGCCAUAGAGAUCCCCCACAUAGACACGUAGACGCU